AUAUUCAGUAUAAAUUACAGUGUGAAUUUCUGCCAAGAUUUGUGACACUGUCUAGCUGUCUUUUUGCCAGUGCAAUUCUUUUGAUAGCGCCCUCCGUACUUACAUAACGAGAUCGGGGGGCUUACCGACUUUUCUAAUUCCUGCAGAGAGGAAGGAAACAUCCCACGCAGUGUGAUGACAAAGAUAGCGCCGAGUCUGGCUUCAUCCACCCCACGCCGGAACUUUGGCGGCGUCUGAACCCGACCUCUCGGCUGUCACACAAAAGCCCACGCCUCCCAAAACCACUUACCCGCCCACUUAUCUCACCUGUUUCCCUCUCGUACUCUCUCUCUCGCCAAAUAACCACGCCCUUCAUCCAACCCAACCCCCGCAGUAUAUCGCAAUAUAUCGCCGGAUACCGCCAGCCAACCUUCCCCAGUCGGCUCUCGAACCACGACGCUAUCCAAUCCAGUUAUUUCCCCAUCUCCGUUCAACGCCCCAGAGCAAUCCGUACAACGCAUAUAUACAGAGCGUGUUAAGAUAUUAUUGGGGAAACUCAGAAAACAAGAAGUGUAAACAGAAGCCACUCUUUCGUUGCAGGGGGAGUUCAUAUUUCUGGGGGGCUCGAUCUGUCACCAGAAGAGAGUCAUGUCAGGCUAUAACGGGCGGCGGGCGCCUAAUUUCUCGCAAUACCUAAACGACCUCAAUACCAUUCCAUCUCCGUAUGACCUGGCACAGCAGGAACAGGAGCAGCAGGCUCUAUUCGACGUCGAUGCGGAAUUGGCCCUGUUCACGAAUGCAGAAUUCCUCGACUUCGAUCCCGUAGGCGAUCUGCCAGUGGACAUGCCCGUGAAGUUUGACGGUGAAGGAACCGAUAUGCGGAGUAAUAAGGACUCAUCGACAACGGUUUCAGGUGAUGGGAAAAGUGUAAAAUACAUUGAUAUGCUUAAUGACUUCAACCUCCCCAACUACACGACUGGUUAUCCUUCGCCAAUGCUGCCCCUGCAGACACCUGCCUAUCCAUCUCAACCACAAGGCUCCAAUCACAAUGGAACUCCGUUACCCCACGGCAACCUCGAUCGUUUGAUCACAUCGCAGCCCGCCCCGGCGAUGUCUCCAUCAAACCCUUCACCAUCCCCGUCCACAGCAACAUCGACACAUAUGAAUCAAGGCACCAAACGGAAACAAGACGCUAUGACACCCGGAAGCCAAAGCAUUGAUGAAGCCGCACGUCUCGCACAGGAAGAAGAUAAACGACGCCGCAACACAGCCGCCAGCGCCCGCUUUCGCAUCAAGAAAAAGGAACGCGAAAAGAACAUGGAACGCACCGUCAAGGACGUCACGGCCAAGAACGCGGCGCUUGAAGCGCGCAUCACCCAGCUCGAGAUGGAGAACCGGUGGCUGAAGAAUCUCAUCACGGAAAAGAAUGGCGGUGCCCUUGGCGAUGGUGAUAUUGCAGGCAUGUUCGAUAAGUACCGCGCCAGCACCGAGGCGGCGCAUCAGCAAGAACAACAAAAACCAUCAGGCAAUGUUGAGACGAGAGCGGCGUAGUAAUAGAAGUGACGAAAAGUUUUAAAAUCUUCGUUUUGUUUACGGUCUUGCUAAAAACUCGACACGCACAGCAAACGCUUGCCGUCAACCAUCAAUGCGUUCACGGCCGCCUUGGAAUGUGUCAUGUCAUGCCACGUCCUGUCACGUUUUAACGCAAUUUAUAAGUGCUCCAGUCACUUUCUGCCUUCUCUACCACUUCCUUUUGGGGCGUUUUGGGACGCGCGCAUUCCGCUUGAAGAUUCCUUUUUUGAUUACCUGCCAUAUUUUCCUCUUAGCAACCAAGUCUACUCUAUAUAUUGCCGAUAUGCCAAGCACCGGCUCUCCGCCACCCACCACCCACCAGCCCCUUUCCCCUAGUACCGCGUGGAAUAUUUUAAAAGAAUAAGGAAGAAGAUGAAGAAAUAAAGAGGGAGAGAGUGAGAAUUCCGUUGGAUUCAUCUAUUCGUCCAUCGAGACGCCGGUCAAAAUAUCUGGGAUCGAGACUUCCCUCCUCCACCUCUCUCCGAAGUGAGGAAGGGAAGACGUUCCCGGGUAUGAGAAAGAGAGAGUGGGGGCGGGGGCGGGGGGGGAGUGCCUAUGUCCUAUUGUUGUGUCGCAUAUAUAUAUAUAUAUGCAUCCGUAGAUGAUUUAAUAUUUGACAUGGUUCUAUUCUUGGUUUGAAAGAGGGAAUAUGUUUUUUUCUUGAAAUAUAUUAUUUUUUGUUAUCUAUGGGCGGGGUGGUGUGUCUUUCACAGGUCACGGGAGGGAUGUUUUGUUCUAUAUAUACAUGAGGGAUGGGAGGUAUUUUGUCUUAGUUUUGUCAUGUUAUUCUUGUUCUUGUUCUUGUUCUUGUAUUUCUCCUUUGUUUCUCAUACAUAUAUAUAUACAGUUAUCUCUUCAUUAUACAUAUAUUCAUUCGCUUUCCACAUUCUCAUUUUCGAGGAUGCGCGUUGGGUUUCUCUGUUAUUUAUGUAUAUAUUAUAUUCUUGCGGUCUCUCUUUUGAUUUUAAAACUGUCUUACCUGGUUUUAGAUUCUGUUUUUUCCUCAUCAUCAUUUUCCUAGGGGCCAGUCAGUUCCUUGAAAUGGAAUUAUACACACACACACACACACACAUCUAUAAGUUUCACUUUCUCUUAAAAGGAGAGGGUAUAUAGAUAUAGCUAGAUCCCGUCAAAACCCAUAGUAUCACUGCCCCCUGAGGCUUCAUGUCUGUAGUUUGGGCGAGAAGGCCGCCAGCUAGGCCCCCUUUUCCCAAACAGCAGAUUUUCAUGAUUUGAUUACACUGGUCAUUUUCUCAAGCUACUCCGUCUCUGGCCUAAAGUGAGUGGAAACCGGAAUGUCAUUCAUUGCUCAGGAUAAUUUAGAUGUCAUAUGAUUGAUUAAUUAUCUCCAGGUCAAUCAAUGUUUGUGUAUAGUUUAGAUUUUAAUCAUCUUGACUUUGACCCUUCUAUGCUUGGGUUCCCGCAAGUGUGGAAUGGAAAAAGGUUUAUUUAUAAGGAAAAAAAAAAGGGAGGGGGGAAAGAAAUAAAAUAGUUAACUACCCUUCCCGCUUAUAUAGAACAGAAUGCAAGAGGGGUUUCCGGUCUAAAU